AUGGUACAUUCGGAUUUAAAUGAACAUGAAUUGAUAUCAUCAACAAUUAGUGAAGAUAGUCAAACACCAUUGUCAGAAACAGUAACAACAUUAGCUAGUAAUGUUUAUAAAGAAUUAGAACGUAUUAUAAAAAAUUUUGGUGAAAAUAGUGUUAAAGAUUUAAUGCCAGUAAUGAUUUCAACAUUAGAAUCACUUGAUAGUGCAUUACAUGAACGUGAAGUGAGUAAACUUGAAACGGAAUCAUUAAAAGAACAAAAUGAACAGUUAUUUCAACAAUAUGAACGUGAAAAAAGUUUUCAUAAAGAAUAUCAACAGCGUUAUCUUCAAGUUGAAGAUCAUCUAGAAGAAAUAAAACGAGAGAAUGAAGAAAAAUUACAAAGUCUAGAAUCGAUUGUAAAAAUUUUCGAAAUUAAAGCACGAAAUGCAUCAGAUCAUGUUGGAAGAUUAGAAGAUAAAGAAAAUGAAAUGAAACAAGAAUAUAAACGUUUACAUGAUCGAUAUUGUGAACUAUUCAAAGCACAUUGUGAUUAUAUGGAAAGAACAAAAAUUUUAUAUGGAACUGAUCGAUUAGAUCAACUGGCUACGAAGUCUUCUUCUCGUGGAAAUCUUCAAUUACCAACGACAGCAUACUCAUCCGAUGAUAAACAAACUCUAUCUAAUCAACCAUCAAUUGAAGAAGUACCUCCAAAUUCUUCUGAUGUAUCCUUCACAUCACUUAAAAAAUCUCUUUCUGGUAUGGAAUUUCAUUCGGUACCUGAAACUACGGAUGGUAUACAUACUCAAACAGAAUCCAUGGCAAGUAAUGAUGCUGCUGUAAAUACAGACCCUGCAAUUAGUGAUGAUGAUGAUGAUAUAUCAAUAGAUGAUACAAAGAAUUUGGAAGCUUUUGACAAAGAAACACAAAAUGAUAAUAUUGAUAUAUCAGAUGUUGAUGCUUCAGCAGAUUUAUUUGGUAUGACAAAGGAAGUAUCUAAUCUGAUCAAAGAAAAUAAUGAACUUUUGGAAACGAAAAAUGCAUUGAAUGUUCUUAAAGAUGAUCUAUUAGUCAAAAUUGAAGAAUUAUCAAAUGAACAAGAAAUUCUUCGAGAAGAAAUUGAAUCAUUACAAACAGUUAAAACUCGAUUACAUUCACGAAAUUUAGAAGUUGAAGAAGAACUUCGAAAGAUACGCGAAGAAAUCGAAAAGAAGAAAGAAGAAGAGAAACCGUUAAUGAUAAGCAAAGGUAUACAAACAAAUACACAUCAUCAUCAUCAACAACAAACCGUACAAGAAAAUUCUUCACCUACACCGAAAACAGUUCCUACUACUGUAUCUACUGAUGUAUCUACUACAGAUACAUCAAAAUCUUUGUGGCGUAUGUUUAGUGAUGACUGGCUACCCACAACGAUUGUGCCCUCAAAUAUUUUGGGCGUACCUGUUGUCGAUAUACAGAGUGAUUUGAGAGAGGGAACAACACAAAUUUCUGAGUUUUUUUCGGGCCUAUUCGGUAGUAAUACUAAAGAAGCCUCACCAAAACGUUCGCUUCCUACUACUAAUACGACAGCUAAUCUAUCAUCAGCAUCUACAACAAGUUCUAUAAAACGUAGUUCAACAAAUGAUCAAAUUACACCUUCAGUCAGUACAAAUGAGAAUCUCUCAUCAGAACAAUCGACAGAAGACAACUCUAUGAUUUUGAAACAAUCAUCAUCAAUACGUCGUAAUAGUGAUGAUAACAAUCGUUUUCAAGCAUAUGGUUGGAGUAUAUCAUCAAAAAAUCAAUUGAAAGUAGCUGAUGUUGAUGGUAAAACUCAAGUUAAUGUUCCUAUACCAGUCUAUUGUCGACCAAUAUUUGAUACUAAUGAUUCAACACAAAUUUGGUGUGCUGUUGGUAUUGAUCUUAGUGGAUUAUCAUUUGAUACUAAUGAAACAUCCGUUGAUCAAUUAAAUAAACAAUUAAUUGAAUCCUAUCAUCAAAUGAUCGAUGAACAAUGUCUAAAAUUAUCAUCAAUUAUUUGGUUAGCUUCAAAAUUGAAUGAUAAAGCUAUAAUUACAAUUAUUGAUUCAAAUAAAGCAGAGAAAAUGAUUGAUACAUUUCCGAUAGGAAAUGCUAUUAUUUAUGCUAUGGGUAGCGUUCCAGGUACAUUAACUACAGAUUAUCCACCAAUUGAUGAUUCGAAAUUGAAUGAAACAGUAUCCACGAGUGAUGUGAAAGUAAUAGCUUGUACAGCAGCUUCACUUGCUACUGGUGGAAGUCGUCCGAAUGUUAGUGAAACAUUGGAUCAAGUACCACCUGAUGUAUUGAAUCAAAAUGCUAAUGAAAAUAAAACAAAAUAUCCAACUGUUUGGUUAGGUUCAAGUGAUGGAUGGUUAUAUAUUCAUUCGAGUGUGAAUGAACAUCGUAUAGCUAUUGGAAAAGUUUGGCUUCGUCAUGCAAUUUAUAGCAUUGUGCAUAUUCGUGGUCGUGUUUUUGUUGCAUUAGCGAAUGAAAGAAUCAUUGUAUUUCAUCGUAAUAUAGAUGGUACAUGGAAUUUAAAUAAUCUUCAUUUAAUUGUAACUGGUAAAAGCCGAGAAUCAGUUCGAUGUGCUAUCAAUGUUGAAGAAUCUAUCUGGUGUGGUGUUGCUAAUCGUGUUUAUGUUAUUAAAGUUCAAACAUUAGAAAUUCAAAAACAAUUUGAAGUUCAUUCUCGUUCCGAACAUUCUGUUCAGCAUAUGACUUGGUCUGGCGUUGGUGUUUGGUUAUCUGUUCGUUUAUCUAGUACUUUACAAUUAUAUCAUGCACAAACAUUUGAACAUUUACAAGAUGUUGAUAUACAACCAUAUGUUGAAAAAAUGAUUGUGACAGAAAAAAAGGGUCUUUAUUUUGUUCAUAUAAGUGCUUUGACAAUUGCUUGUCGUCGUCUAUGGAUUGGUACGGGAAAUGGAAUUAUUAUAUCAGUUCCUUUAGCAGACAGUAUUAUGUCAUCUUCUACUUCAGCAUCGACAAAGCCUGGUUCAGUUGUUCGUGUUUCUGAUCAAGCAUCAUCUUCAAAUUAUAUUCCAUAUUGUAGUAUGAAUAAUGCUCAAUUAUCAUUCCAUGGCUUUCGAGAUGCUGUCAAAUUUUUUGUUGCUGUACCUGGACAAGCACCGUCUGAAAUACUUCUCAAUGAUGAGAAACCUUCUGAAGCUUUAACAUCGAUAUCAUCAUCUUCACCUUUUGGUGAUAUUCUUGUUGUAAGCGGUGGUGAUGGAUACAUUGAUUUUCGUCUUGGAAAUACGACAACAGAGAAUACUAAUAGAAAUACAUCUUAUCUUACUGUUUGGCAUUUGGGUUCGGCUUAA